AUGGUCAGAAGGCAGUUGGGCCUGGGCAUUCUCUUUCUGUGGCUAUGCGUCGUGGCCACAGAGGAGGUGGCGGGGGAAGCUACGGCCGCCACGCGACACGAGACGCACGCAACCGAUUAUGCAUCAUGGCCUUUUGUCCUGCUUUUCGUUAUCCUAGUCUUUAAUGUCUUGCUGGCCGCAAUGUUUGCUGGACUCACCAUUGGUUUCUUUGGCAUGAACUUUAUUACGCUUGAGAUUGUUUCUUCUGCAGGGAACGAGCCAGAUAGUACGUACGCCAAAAAGAUUCUUCCCAUACGGCGCUAUGGUCACCAACUCUUAGCAACGCUGCUUAUUGGAAAUAUGCUCACCAUGGUUGUUAUCUCACAGAUGGUAGCCGCCGUUAUUCAGUCGACAGAGCUUGUAAACUUUGCUGUGGCCACCGCUCUUGUAUUCAUAUGUGCGGAGAUCAUACCCAUGGGUAUCUGCAACAAAGGGCCGUACGCGCUCUGGAUUGGGGCAAAAAGUGUUCCCAUUGUGUCCGUUGUCCUUUUUGUUCUUUAUCCCGUAGCGAAACCAUUGAGUAUGUUCCUGGAAUGUAUUGUGACGCACGAUGAAGGGCUUGUCUACGACCGAAAUGAAUUAAAGAAACUUAUUCAUGUUCACUGUAAGAAGUAUGGGCAUGAGUCUGGGCUGGGAGAUGAUGAGAUGCGCAUGAUUAUCGGUGCCCUUGAAAUGCAUGAUGUGAAUCUGACCUCCAUUCUCAAACCGCUGGAUAAGGUCUUACUGCUUCCCGGUAAAACAACUAUUACUCGCAAAUUGAUGGAAAAGCUGUGGACCUGCGGUCGUUCACGAUUGCCUGUUUACUCUGGUGAUGCCCAUACACACAUCACAGGGAUUCUGUUUGUUCGCUCUCUCAUUACCAUUACCGCUGAGGAGAUGGAAAAUGGUAUCACCGUUCAGGAUGUGGUGAAUGCAAACCCACAUGAUAUUGUUAUCGUUCCAGAGACAAUGUCGUUGCAUGAAUUAUUAAAGAUCUUCCUUUCGGGUAAAUCACAGCUGGUUUUUGUGGAAGGGGAGCGCAAAAGUGAGGGUGUGGACCACUCACUUCUAAGCAAGCCGAAUACUGUGACGGCGGUCGCAAGCCCCAGAGAAGGAACUUUGGGGGGACGACAGUCAACGAUGGGAACGACGCACACCUUGACAGGUCCACAGAUCGCAAUUCUUACAUCCCAAGUUGCCUUGGAGAGCCGAACCGCUACUCCAAUAAUUGGUAUUGUAACACUGGAGGAUGUCAUUGAACGCUUUAUCAAGGCAGACAUCUACGACGAAUACGACUGGAGAAUCGAAGAAGAAAGAGGAGGGAUAAGCGAAGGGCAGGUGAGGGAGGAGGAGGAGGAGAAGAACAGCCUACGAGGGGGAAGGUUUGGUGUUCAAAGCCGACGUGACGAGUUCGGGGAACAUAUUUCGGACCACGCUGUUUUUGGGGGUGUUCCACGUGCAAACUUUUACUCGUAUACUGUAGGUGACAAGGUGGGCAAUGAUGCGAUGACAAGGGGACAGAAGGUGACUCUUGCCAAUUUUUUUCUCAAUUCCUACGCUGCCUUUGCAACAUGGACCUGCCCACAGAUGGAACGCUUUCUUAGUCGCAUUGGCGACUGCGUUGUUCGGCUGGAUGCAGCUGAAAUGGAGGGUCCUGUAUUGUACCGAUGUGGGGAGAGGAGUGACGCGUUUACUUUGUUACUCAGUGGGGGUGUGUCGGUUUCUCUAUGUAAUGGUGCCUUUGCAACUGAAAGGCGCAGCUUCUCGGCCUUUGGAGAGGAUAUCUUACUGCAUGAGGGAUAUUUUACGCCGGACUACACUGCUAUUGUCUCCCGCACAAGUCGGUAUAUUCGCUUUACCAUACAAGAUUUUCUUGAGGAGCGGCAGCGCGUACAGGGUGAAAACUGGCUGCAUUCAGCGACGGGACCCAUUGUUAAUCAGACCGAUGUGGAGGAAAGAAGAUGCUUGGAUGGUGAGGAUCUUCCGUUCCCAUGA